AUGACCCAAUUUUCUUUGACAGAAGCUCAAAGAACGCGCAACGACGAGGGAUAUUCAAAUUUUUUGUUAAACCUCGGCUCCGGUGCCUGCGAAUCACACACUUUUGGCAUAGGCAGAAAUAUCCAAACACUAAUUAGUUUACUGCAUUUAAAUGUGGUUUCCGAACUCGACCAUUUGCAUGACUUUGUUUUUCCUGGCGAUGUGUUGUGCGAUCCAGAUGAAUGCGCGAGUAAAGCAAUAUUAUCCACUCAUAACACUAAUGUUAGUGAUAUAAACGCCCAUAUACUAGAACGCGUUGAUGGCGAAAUGAUUCAUUGCUACGGUGUUGAUAGCGUAGAUGUGGAACAUGCCGACGAAUUUCAUCUGGGUCCCGAUAUGCUACACAAAGUACAAGCUAAGGGAGUGCCUGAUUACGAUCUGCGAAUAAAAAAGGGCUGCGUCUGCAUGAUAGUAAGAAAUCUCAGCUUUGUAGACCGACUCGUGAACGGUACUAAAGUAGUCGUUGUAGAUGUAUCGCCAAGACUGGUGACGGUUCGAAAACCGCAUGACUCGGAGACUUAUAGAAUACCAAGGAUUUCUUUCAAAGCACCCAUUGAACCGGGAAGUCCUAUUGAAAUGUGUCGUCGACAAUUUCCAUUGCAAGUAUGUUACGCGAUGACUGUACAUAAAAGUCAAGGACAGACCAUAGAUAGAGUAGGCGUAGAUCUGCGGUCCGAUGUGUUCAGCCAUGGUCAACUGUAUGUCGCCUUAGGUCGAGUACGGCAUGCUGAGAACAUUAAAAUUUUAAUUCCCAAAGAGCGAAUCGUAAACGGUGUGCCAUAUGUAAAAAAUGUAGUGAUUGAAAAUUUGUUGACUUAA